UCAUGAUUUUAGGAAUCGACCCUUUCAAUCGACGUAUAUCAUAUUUUCUUUGGACGAAUAAGUGGAUUGUCUUUGGACCAUUUAUAUUUGAAAGGAAGUGGCUUCCUUUUCUUGUGGAGUAUGAAAGAUGACUGGGUUUAGUGAGAAGGCAAUCUUGAUCGACGGGAGGGGCCAUCUCCUGGGACGGCUUGCAGCUAUAGUUGCGAAGACUGUUCUACAGGGAAACAAAGUAAUUGUCGUGAGAUGUGAACAGAUCAACAUUUCGGGAAAUUUCUUCAGGGCAAAGUUGAAGUACCUCUCGUUCCUUCGCAAAAGGUGCAAUGUUAAUCCAGCACGAGGACCAUACCAUUUUAGAGCACCAAGCAAGAUAUUGUGGAGAACUGUUAGAGGUAUGUUGCCACAUAAGACAGAGAGGGGGAAAAUGGCACUGAAGAGGCUUAAAGCUUAUGAAGGUUGUCCACCACCUUACGAUAGAAGAAAGAGGUUUGUGGUGCCUGGAGCUAUGAGGGUUAUGUGCUUGAAACCAGGACGAAAGUACUGCCAUUUGGGCAGACUCUCUCAUGAAGUGGGAUGGAAGUACAAGCAGGUUGUUAGGACCCUUGAAACAAAGAGGAAGGUCCGGUCUGUACUGAAUAUCCGCAAGCGUAACUGUCUUAAGAAGCUGACUAAGGAAGCUGGGCAAAAGGUGGCGAAACAAGUGGAACCAUUCACAAAAAUAAUUAAUUCUUAUGGCUAUAACUGAACUGAGUGAAUAAAUCUGUAAUUGAACACUA